UAUAAUAGGCGUCUCAUGGUAACACGAUUUGGAGUGAAUGAUAAAAAUCAACGACACCCAGUCGUUGUGAUCGAACGAUAAUUGUGUGUCAUAAAAAAAUAUUAACUAAACAAUCAUCAUGAAAUUCUACGGUUUAAUGUUUGUGUUGUGUUUUGCAACUCUUUCCACAUGUCUACCAGUGGACAAGUCCGUAGAAGUUGAGGUUUUCAGCAGUGAAAGCGAAAUUCUGAAGAAGUACCCGCAAGCCAAGCCCGCUGACAAGACCCACAUUGAUGAUGGUAAAGCUACUUAUGAAUUUGGGGAGAGAGUACAAGGCGACAAAUUGAUGGUCGGCGCAACUGAUGUAUACAACGCCCCAACCCGCCAAGAUGUUGCCCUGAAAUUCAACUUCCCCGGAAAAGUACCCUAUUCCGUCACCUACGCCUCUGUCGAAGUCCUACAAGAUUCUGAGGUCGGACAGGCUUUCAUCGUCUCCGGAGGAAUCGGCCAAUCUGAAAUCCAUUUGGCUGUUGUAGCUGACAAAAUUAAGCAAGUCCAAUAUACCUACGAAAUCUACGCCAUUGUCUACGUUUAAAAUCCUAAAAUGACUGAAAUUGUACGCUUAGAUGGUAUUAAUCAUAGAAGUAGGUGAAAUUUAUUCAUAAAUUUCACUCAAAUUAACA